UUAAAAAUCGAUCGAGCAAAUCGUUAUACUACAGUAACAUAAUAUCCCAAUAAUGACAGAGAUAAUAUAUAUCUACAUGUAUUUGUUGUUAAGUAGAAAUAUCGGAUUUAUAUAGUACAUGCUGACGACAGAACUCUUGAGCAGCAAAAUGGUGAGGAAAACGUUAAGAAAAUCGAAGUAGAUCGAUAAUCAACGCUACGCCUCGGUGAAAGAUAAAUGAUCGACUAACAAGCUUUUAAUAUUUAUAUUCCGUUAUUGUGUGACAACAUUACAGAAGAGAAUCCGUUUCAAUGAACGGAGCAUAUUUAAUAAUUGUGAUUUGUCACCACACCAUUUGACUGAUGACAUGGAAACCACAGACUGUUGAUGAAGGGAGGUAGUAGACUAGUUACUAUAUGGAGUUCAAUACGAUGAAUAACCACACGUGAAGAAUCACUGUAUAUCAAUUCGUUUUCUUUUCAUUGACAUUUGGGAUUUAACAACAGUAAUAGUAAAUAUAAACAUACUACAAAUUUUAGUCUUGUGUAUGUAGGAAUAUUCAAUAUUCACAAUGUAAGCAAAUUGUUGUAACUUGUAACUUGUCACUUUAAAUUUAAUAUGAAGAAAUAUCUGUGGCAGCCGUGUAGUACAGACUGAGAAGUUUUCUGUCAGGAUGACAAACUCUACUGCGACAGAUGACUGUCUGUCAGAAAGAAGGUGGUACAUUUUCUUACUUUCCAGUCUUGUCACGUUUAUUGCUGGAAUUGUUGUUAUUGCCGUAUACCGUCUGAUAUUGUGGAUAUGUUGUCACAAAAGAAAAAAAAUACCUCAAGCAAAAGUGGCAAAUCAUACCGGACCUUUACCUAUUCCUGAAAAGAGAAAAGGCUCCCAAACAGUUGGUGGAGCUGGAGGAGGUACUAUUUUCUUAAAGACCCCAGACCCAGAAAUUGGAUGGAUGACAGAAGCAAAAGACUGGGCCGGCGAGCUUAUUUCUGGCCAGACAAUGACAGGAAGAAUCUUGGUUGGUUUGGUGUUUCUUUUGAGUAUAGCAUCGCUUAUUAUCUACUUUAUAGAUGCCUCAACGGAGGAAGUAGAAAACUGUGACCCAUGGGCAGACAGUCCUUCCCAGCAAGUAGACCUUGCUUUCAACGUAUUUUUCAUGAUAUAUUUUUUCAUCCGAUUUGUUGCAGCAAACGACAAGUUACUGUUUUGGUUAGAAAUAUUUUCUUUUGUGGAUUAUUUUACCAUUCCUCCUUCAUUUGUUGCCAUCUAUUUAGACAGAAACUGGCUAGGUUUAAGAUUCUUGAGAGCUUUAAGACUAAUGUCUAUCCCAGAUAUCCUGACCUACCUGAAUAUGCUACAGACCAGUACAAUGAUCAGACUGUGUCAAAUGUUAACUUACUUCAUCAGUCUAUGGCUCGCUUCAGGAGGGUUUUUACAUUUAGUUGAAAAUUCUGGUGAUCCAUGGAGAAAUUUUGAAAAUGCUAAAAGUCUGUCUUAUUGGGAAUGUUUAUACUUUCUAUUGGUUACCAUGUCAACCGUUGGAUAUGGUGAUAUUAGUGCUAAGACAGACAUUGGUCGAAUCUUUAUUGUCAUCUUCAUAAUGAUAAGUAUUGGUAUGUUUGCCAGUUUUGUUCCUGAAUUACUUGAAAUAUUUGGUAGAAGACAGGUUUAUGGAGGGUCAUAUAAAAAAGAAAGAGGCAAAAAGCACAUAGUAGUAUGUGGUCAUAUAACAUUUGAUUCAGUUUCCAACUUCCUCAAUGAUUUCUUACACAAAGACAGAGAAGAUGUUGAUGUUGAAAUAGUCUUUGUUCACAAAAUGUUGCCAGAUCUAGAAUUAGAAGGUUUAUUAAAGAGACACUUCACACAAGUGGAAUUUUUCCAGGGAACAGUGAUGGAUGCCAAUGAUCUAGAGAGAGUAAAGAUCCAGUCAGCUGAUGCCUGUUUAGUUCUAGCCAAUAAAUACUGUACUGACCCAGACCAGGAGGAUGCUGCUAAUAUAAUGAGGGUUAUAUCUAUCAAAAACUUCCAUGCUGAUAUCAAAGUUAUUGUACAGUUGAUGCAGUACCAUAAUAAGGCUUAUCUACUGAAUAUUCCUAGCUGGGACUGGAAAAGGGGAGAUGAUGCUGUAUGUGUUGCUGAACUGAAGCUAGGAUUUAUAGCUCAAAGUUGUUUGGCUCCUGGAUUCUCUACACUCAUGGCGAAUCUCUUUACUAUGAGAUCUGAUAAAACUAAUAUGGAGUUACCUGAUUGGCAGAAAGAUUACUUGAGAGGAACAGCUAUGGAGAUGUACACAGAAUAUUUAUCUAGUUCCUUUAAUGGUAUGACAUUCCCAGAAGCUGCAGAAUUAUGUUUUUCCAAAUUAGAACUACUAUUACUGGCUAUUGAAGUACGUACAGAAGAUGGCAGGGAGAGCACUCUAGCUAUCAAUCCUGGAUCAAAGAUUAAAAUAGAAAAUGCUACACAAGGAUUUUUCAUUGCUGAAUCUGCUGAAGAAGUUAAAAGAGCCUUUUAUUAUUGUCAAGCCUGUCAUGGAGCCCUUAAAGAAGCUAGGGCUAUCAAAAAAUGUCGUUGCAGACCAUUGGCUUUAUUCAAGAAAGGAGCAACAGCUGUUAUAGCUUUGAAUCGACUGAAACGUUAUAAACGAACCAGAGUUGGUCUAGCUUCUGCAAAUCCUAUGAUGAAUAAAGAAAAUAAAGAAAGAAGAACAUCAACAAAAGUAAAUGCUGCAGUGAAUGCUGGGGCAUUGGCACAGCUUUGGUCUAAAACUGCAAAUAAAGAGCCUACUAGCCCAAGUAAACAACAUUUACCUCCCUUGGAGAAGGAACCUGUAGAUACUUCAAAUGAUCAGAGUGUAGCUCCAGGAGAAGAACCAAGGAAGUUUGAUUCCACCGGCAUGUUCCACUGGUGUCCUUCACGUCCUUUGGAAUCGGCUGUUAUGGACCGUGACAAAGCUUCAAUGACAGUUCUAUGUAACCAUGUUGUAGUUUGUUUAUUUGCUGAUGACAGAUCUCCACUUAUUGGUUUACGUAAUCUUGUGAUGCCUCUCAGAGCAAGCAAUUUCCAUUACAAAGAGCUGAAAAAUGUUGUGAUAGUUGGAAAUCAGGAAUAUUUAAAAAGAGAAUGGAAAACACUUCAAAACUUUCCAAAAUUAUCUAUUUUACCUGGUUCUCCAUUGAAUCGUGCCAAUCUGCGGGCAGUGAAUGUUAACCUCUGUGAUAUGUGUGUUAUCAUAUCUGCUAAGGACAAGAAUUUAGAUGAUCCACAUUUAGUGGAUAAGGAAGCCAUUUUAUGUUCAUUAAACAUUAAAGCAAUGACAUUUGAUGAUAGUAUCGGUUUAUUACAAGCUUCUGCACAAGGAGUAGGAGCCGGAGGUUUCCUUCCACCUGGGUUUUCACCUAUAGGCAGUCCAGCAAAACAGUCAAGGAGGGGUUCAGUGUGUGGUUCAAAUGUUCCUUUAAUUACUGAAUUAGCGAAUGAUUCCAAUGUACAGUUUUUAGAUCAGGAUGAUGAAGAUGACCCUGACACACCUCUUUACAUGACACAACCAUUUGCAUGUGGUACUGCAUUUGCUGUUAGUGUACUGGAUUCAUUGAUGAGUACUAGUUAUUUUAAUGACAAUGCUUUAACAUUAAUACGAACACUGGUGACAGGAGGAGCUACACCUGAGUUAGAACAGAUUCUUGCUGAGGGGGCUGGAAUGAGAGGGGGAUACUGUACUCCUAGUGUGUUAGCCAAUAGGGAUCGAUGCAGAGUUGCUCAGCUAUCACUUUUUGAAGGACCACUCUCAGGGUUUGGGGAAGAGGGAAGUUAUGGAGACUUGUUCCUUUAUGCACUAAAGAAGUUAGGAAUACUUUGUAUUGGUUUGUACAGAUUCCGCGACACAAAUGAAGUACAGACAAGUCCAUCAUCAAAACGAUAUGUCAUAACAAAUCCAAAUGCUUCUUUUAAACUUUACUCAACAGACCAGGUUUUCUGCCUAGUUCCAUGCAAUUUUUCACAAAGUUCAAAGUCUACUCUCAACGAGAAAAGUGUUUUGUCUUCUUCCUUUCAACAAACGAGUGACAGAAAAGGAAAUGAGUCCACAACCUAAGGAGAUUACAGCCUGACGUCUUUCACAAUAAUCAACGAUCAUAGCAAAUUGUGUCAAAUUAGAAACUGAUUUUUUACUAGAAGGAAAAAAGUGUUUAACAAUCUUAUAUUUGAUUGAUGUCUGAAGAUGAAGGACAUGAUGAGGGUGGUAAAGGGUUAUUUUCGUGCAAUGUGUUUUGCCCUUUUUAUUUCACGUGCAGUCGUGAAAAAGGUUCGUUAUUCACCGUGUUUCGUGAAAUCGGUAAAAAGAUCAACGUGCAAGUAAUUUUUAAUUGUUUGUUCAUCGUGAAAUGGCAAAUUUAUUUCGCGUUCUUCCGUGCAGAUACCCCCCCUUUAUGCCCCUCCAUGAUGAUUCAAAAUCUUUAUUUUUAUAGAGUGGUCUUCAGUGAAAGUGAAGUGAAAUCAAGAAACUUUCAACAAGUCUGGUUUUAUGUAGUUUAUUGAUAUAUAUAAAGCUGUAAGACCACAUUAUAUAUCAUGUAUUGUUUUCAUAUUUUAUGUAGAUCAGUAUGUGGCAAAAGAACCUAAUGUUUCAAUUUGUUUACUGUCCAUCCUUUUUGUGUAUUUUGAUAAAUUGUCUGCAGGCAAACCUUUAUUGAAAAUUGAGUGGUCUGAUGAACAGCCAGAUUCACUGUAUCGACCAAUGGUAUUAGGAAUUCCUUCUUUCCUAUUUUUAAAUAAGUAUAACAUGUUAAAAAAGAAACAGAAACAGAAGAAUGAAUUCACGAUUUUUUAUUCUAUCAGUGACUCAUGUAUUAUAGAUUGAAUUCAAGAGAUUUUUUAUUCUAUCAAUGACUCAUGCAUUAUAGAUUGAAUUCAAGAGAUUUUUUAUUCUAUCAAUGACUCAUGCAUUAUAGAUUGAAUUCAAGAGAUUUUUUAUUCUAUCAGUGACUCAUGCAUUAUAGAUUGAAUUCAAGAGAUUUUUUAUUCUAUCAAUGACUCAUGCAUUAUAGAAUGAAUUCAAGAGAUUUUUUAUUCUAUCAGUGACUCAUGCAUUAUAGAUUGAAAUAGCACUAUCUGUGAUAAGGAAUUCAUGAAUCAGUUUAGAUAAAAAGAAGUACAGAAAAUUAUCAUGGAAAAGAUUUUUAACCUACAAAUGUUAUUGACAAAUUGAGAAAGAUUCUUUAACCUACAAAUGUUAUUGACAAAUUGAGAAAGAUUCUUUAACCUACAAAUGUUAUUGACAAAUUGAGAAAGAUUCUUUAACCUACAAAUGUUAUUGACAAAUUGAGAAAGAUUCUUUAACCUACAAAUGUUAUUGACAAAUUGAGAAAGAUUCUUUAACCUACAAAUGUUAUUGACAAAUUGAGAAAGAUUCUUUAACCUACAAAUGUUAUUGACAAAUUGAGAAAGAUUUUUAACCUACAAAUGUUAUUGACAAAUUGAGAAAGAUUCUUUAACCUACAAAUGUUAUUGACAAAUUGAGAAAGAUUCUUUAACCUGUUGUUUUACCAUAGAAGUAUUAAUAAAUGUGUGGUUGAAAGUAUUGUUUGAAUAUGUAGAUAUGAUAAAAUGGUUACUACGAUUUUUUUUUUCAUUAAUUUUUAAUAAUGUUGUUGUGUUAUUUGUAUGUUAAUGGGAAUUGUGCAUUAUUAUUAACCUGUGAUUUUAUAUCUAAAUAUGGCUAUUUUUGUGUAUUCAUAACAGCUAAGAGUGCGAACUUUCCAAAUGAAUUAUUUACUUUCCUGACUAAGUAAAAACUACAAGCCUAUAAACACAUAAAUAACCAUGUUUUAUAUAUUUUACAUCAUAAAAUCUGUGAUAUAAAUAUAAAUGUUAUUGUGCUAUUUUUAUACACGUGUUUUGAUUUGAUAUUCUUGUCAAUAUUUCAUAUUUUUGUAAAUUUUGACAUUUUGAUGAUAAAAAUUUUAAGGUAGAAAAAAAUAACUAAAAAAGUUUUGCUUUUUCACAACUAUCCUUUUUUUUUUAGAAGUAUUCUUUUGUCCUUAAGCGCCCUUUGAGCUAUAGUUAUCCAAACUUUACAAAAAUACUGUAAAAGGAGAUACUUCUGUAAUUCGAAUAUAAUCUUUAUUUCAUAUUGAACUAUCAGGUGUAAUUCUGCCAAAUUUUGUGAAAUGAUAAAUGGUAGAUGCCUGUGAUAUGACAAACAUGCUGGCGUUUGAUUCCCAUUUGUUCCCAUUUAAUCCUAUAGAAACUAGAUUUUUUAUUUAUAAGCCAGUCUGAACCAAAUUUGUCAGUAAAAAUGUAUUGAAGGUCUUUUAUGGAAAAAGAUAUUUUGUUUUAAUGAGAUGAAAAAAUGUAAUAUAUUCAUAACAGUUCAUUUAAGUAUAAGAGAUACUGAAGAAUUUUUGUAGAGAAACCUCAACAUUUUUUAAAUGGAUAUAUGAAUAUUUUCUAUCCAUUACUUUCAAUGUAUUUGUAUGAAAAAUGUUUUUCCUUCCAAAACAUCUGUAAUAAAACUUCAUUAUAAAACUGAAUAAUGUUUUUGAUUUAAGUUAUAAAUAACUUUCUAUAUAUUUUUCACUAUUACAAUACUCAUGAUCAAGGGAAAUAACUGGCUUCCUAUUAUAGUUUGAGUUCCGAAAUGGUUUUCUUAAAAGGGCUAUUAAACUUAUGCUGAAGCAAAUUUUUGCAAAUUGCAUUUUGCAAAAAUUUUGAAAAUGUUUCUAUCCGAUAUAUUUUUUUAUUUUUCAGUGAAUUGCAGAGCUAAAUAAGCUUCAAAAUAUAAAUUCUUCUUUUUAAAACUCAACAAUUUUAAAUUGAAUUUUAUACUUUAUGUAGAUUUUAAUUGUUUUAUUUAAUUUUCCUUUUGUAUCACUUUAAUAUGUUGUAAAGUUUGUUGUAAAUGUUAAAAGAGAUACAUGGAAUUUCGUCCUCUUUUCAUCUGUUGCAUAAAAUCUGGUAUAGCAGCUUUAAGAUUAUUGAAUCAGAAGUAGACUACAAUUAUCAUCUUAUGAUGCAUUUUUAUGAACAUGCCAAUUUGUAGUUCUGAACAUUGGAAAUAGAAAAUAGAAAUUAUUUAUUUUUAGAAAAUUACAGAAUAACCACAUAGUAUUGUAACCAAUAUAUCCGAUAUUUUCAGGUCAGUUUAGAAUUUGUAUAUGAGGUAGUGAUGUUAUAUUUUGACCUGAAAUUUCAGCAAUAAACUUAAUUAAAAACAAGAAAUUACUACUGUGAUGUUUUAACCCACAGGCAAUUGUUUCUGAAAAAAAUUUACCUAUAUACUGUAAUAUAACACAAGGUACCUAACUCGUAUAUUUGAGAAAUGCCACCCGGUCACGAACUUCCGUUAUAUUUCGAUUUUCCAGUUAUCUAUCCCACUGAGACUUGUUAUCCCAUAAAUCUCAGUAACAUUGAUUUAUCUACAAAAUGGUGUAUAACAAGCUUAUAUCCAAAGGGCUGUGAGAAGACGAAAUAAUUACGGUUCACAUAUUUGGAAGGCCUAAUAUGAAUGAUUCCAAUAAUAGAAAUAGACGAGUUAUACACCAUUUUGUAGAUAAUUAAAUGUAGAUUUAUCGGAUAACAAGUUUCACUGGAAUAGACAACUGCAAAAUUACGGGUUACAUUUCUCAAAUAUAGGAGUUAGAUACCUUGUGUUAUAUUAAAGUAUGUAGGUAAAUUUUUUUCAGAGACAAGUGCCUGUGGUUUAACCCCAUUAUGUACUGGUGGGGGUUACAUAAUAUUGGAAUCUGCUUAGUAUUUGGCCAGUUCACAUUAAACUUUGUAAUAUAAUUGAUUUAUGUACCUUUAAAGUUAAGAAAUUUUGUAAUUGGCGGCACCUCCUCUGACAUGGCUUAUUGUAUAUUCUUGAAACUAAGUAAGCUAUAAGGGUCUAUUAUUCAAAUACCUGUACACAUGUAGUUCAGAUGUUUCAGUUCAUAUGAGAUUUUUACAGAUAUAGAUAUUUUGAUCUUAUUAGUCAAGCCACCAUGCCAUACAUGGUUUAUCCUAGCUAAGUCAUGAACAUUUCAGUAUAACUUACGAUCAUUUUUUGUCUUAAGAUUUUGUGAAAAGAGCGUCUGCUUCUGGAAAAUCACACCAAACCAGAACUUCAUUCCAAUACCUGUAUAUAAGUGUGAGGACUUUUAAGACAUGUACAAAUUUUCAUGUACACAAACGUAGGUACUCAUUUUGAAAUAAAUGUUGACUCUACUGAAGAGUCAUAUCUUUUUAUUAUUCUUUGUUAAAUGAAUAAAUAAAGUGUGAUUUUUAUUUGUUAAAGUUUACAGAAGAUUUAGAAAUACAAUUAUCUAAAAACCACCAGUAAAUACUCAGAAAAAAAUACUAUAUUAUGAUUGAUAAUUUUAUAAGGGAGCUACCGUUUGAUUUUUAUGCGGGGACUAGGAUAAAAAAUUGUGUCAUGCCUUUUUUUUUAGUUGUAAUCUCGGUCCUGCCUUUUUAUUUUUCACUUUAUUCGGUCCUGCCUUUUUUUUUAUUAGUUUAUCCUGACUUAUUAUACAUAAUUUGUCAUCCUGCCUUUUUUUUUUUGCCAAGUUGCUCAUCCUGCCUUUUUUUUUACUCAAAACUUCUGUCCUGCUUUUUUUUUCAAAUUUCAUCCUAGCCCCCCCCCCCCCCAUAAAAAUCAAAUGGUAGCUCCCUAAGUAGCACUAUUUCUUGGUGUUUAUUUUCAUUUGUAUUUUAUGUUUGUAACAUUUUUGUUAUGCUUAUGUAGUAAUUUCAAUCAGAGUUUUUCAUGCUUGUGUUGUUUUUUCUCAGUGCUGUCAGAUUUUUUACUAUUGAUUAAACAUAGAAUAAACAU